AUAUUCCUCUCUUGUCUAACAUCUCCCGAAAUGUUCAUCACCUGUGUUGAUAAGGACGAGAUUCCCAUCUUGUUCUCCUCAUCCCCGAGGUGAACAUCACAGUGUGGAGAGUCUCGCCCGGAGGAAGUAGUGUGUCUUGAGUCGCGUGUCUCCUGUGGAACUGUGAAGUGUACAAUGUCAAAGGAAGAGCCUGGUGAAGAUCUAGAGUCCAUAAAGCGACGGCAAGCAGAGACACGCUUUAAGCUGAACCUUGCCAACAGACACAUCAGUACUCUGUAUACUCAGGUGCAAGAUCUGGAGGUUCAGUUUAAAACGGCCAUCAAACACAAAAAACACUCGGCUCGCUACAAUCUACGCCAGAAACUAGCAGUGAUCAUGGGUCUGAAAAUUGUCUACCUCAAUUAUUGUUCAGUAAAGUCUCAGGAACUAGAACGUAUCAACCAAAAACUUCAGUCUUUUACCGGCAGGGAGGAAGAGGCUAUGGACACUGAUUCCAAUGAAGAGCCAAAUUUGGCAAUUUUGGAAAUGUAAAAUAAUAUGGAAUGGGAAAUCUA